GUCCGUCGAUCUACGGCGACGUCGCAUCAGACAAAGGGAACUGAGACAAUGAUCAUCGGAGGCGGCCAUAUGGGCGAAAACCUGACAGGAUAUGCCCGGGCUACUCUGCCAAGUCUCCAUUCGGGGGGUCUUCUGAAUUCGAUUCCCAGACGUUUCAUUGCUUUGUACUUCUACCACCACCAUCUCUUUCAAGCUUCUCGUCGGUUUCUGACCGGAUUUCGGCUGCAACAGACUUAUAUACUCCUCUCAUUUUUGCAUUGACCUGUGAAGAUGAUGUGGGAUUUCCCUUCCGCGUACAGUCCUCCCUGCAACCCACCUUUUGGUCACCACCAACAGCUUCCGCCUUUUGACACGCCAUGGUCACCACUCCCGCCAACAAGUCAACCGUUCUACGUCGAAUCGGGAGCGUUUCCCGGCCCUUCAAUAGGUCAUGCCUCCGGACAUUCUCCUUAUAGCUCACUUCCUUUGUCUGCCGGAUCAUACCAUCAAUCUAUACUCGACAUGGAUAUACCCCCAGACGCGCCGAGGGCCUUCUUCGUUGAACGACACUAUCACCAUCACUACCACUACCACCACAGCAGCCGUGGCCACAUUCUCCCCCGUUCCCAAUCUAAGCCUCCUCCGGCAAUUCACGGCAAUGGCGGCUCUCAGCCUCCUGUGAAUAUCAAACACAGCAACAAACACAAGCACCAGCCCGUCCAAGCGGUAGCGGUACAGCCCAAGCCUCCGGUACAGCGUUUCCGGUAUUCCAAGUGCACUGGACGCAAGAAGGCACUCUGCAUCGGUAUCAAUUACCGCGGACAGAAAGACGAAUUGCGAGGAUGCAUCAAUGAUGCAAAACAUAUUCGGGACUUCUUGAUUCGCUAUUGGGGGUACAAGGGAGAGGAUAUCGUGAUGCUUACAGACGACAGUACAGAUCCUCGGCGGCGUCCUACGAGAAAAAACAUGAUUGACGCUAUGUAUUGGCUUGUCAAGAAUGCUCAACCCCACGAUUCGCUAUUCUUUCAUUAUUCGGGACAUGGCGGCCAGACUCGUGACAAGGACGGUGAUGAAGUUGACGGAUACGAUGAAGUCAUAUUCCCUAUUGAUUUCAAGCAAUAUGGACAUAUUGUUGAUGACGAGAUGCAUGCAAUUAUGGUCAAGCCCCUACCGACAGGGUGCCGGCUCACGGUAUGUGCCCUCUUCGAUUGCUGCCAUUCCGGUACAGCCCUCGAUCUACCGUAUGUCUAUGACUGUCAUGGUCGACUUAAAGGUCCCUACGUUACGAGACAAUGGAGAGCAUUCAAGUCGACCUCGGCCGACGUGAUCUCGUGGUCCGCGAGUAAGGAUGAGCAGACUAGCGCCGAUACGUUCCAGGGGGGCGUAGCUGUUGGUGCUAUGAGCUACGCGUUUAUCUCGUCUCUUAUGCGGAACAAGGAGCAGUCGUACCAAGGGCUUCUUCAGUCUAUCAGGAAGAUCCUGCAGCCCAAGUAUAGCCAAAAGCCGCAAUUGGGAAGUUCCCAUCAUCUCGUGAGUUUUUUUUCCGGAUUGGGGUUCCAUUCAUCUUGGAUGGGCUUAUUGUUGCGGCAGGACACGAAUUUACGAUUUAUCUUAUGAUUUGAAUGAAUGACUUUUUAUGAUAGUGUUAUGACUUGACUUGACUUGACGGGAUACUUUUAUUCAUCACAUCAUCAUAUCGUAUCAUUUAAUUUAGAUGUAUGUACCAACCAAUCUUGUAGUCGGAGCAUGUACUAGUAUCACGGUGAUCAAUUUCUUCCCUUUAUUUACA